AUGGGGGAUACGUUAACCGCAAGAAUCAAUUUUCAUUCAUUUGAGCAGUGCAAGUUUUGUGAUAAGGUUGGUUUUUCUGGAGAAAAUUGGGAUUUUUGGACAGUUUCAGCAGUUUCAGCGUUUUCAGCAUGAAAUUUUAUUCUAGAAAUAUUUUUUCAGCAAAAUUUUGAACCUACAAAUUUUUGGCUGAAAAUGAAUUUUUUAGAUCAAAAUUUCGUGCUGAAAAUCAUGAAAAUUGUGAUUUUCAGUCAUUUUCAACAGUUUCAGCACAAAAUUUCAGUCUAGAAUUUUUUUGAAUUUCAAAAACGUGACCUAUUUUUUUCACUGUUUCAAUUUUUCGAAAAAAAUUAAAUGUUGCUCAUUUUUGAAUUGUCACAAUUCCGUAGACAGUCUUCUCUAGAAAAAGGUAAUUUUUGAUUUCUGUGCUGAAAAUGACUGAAAAUCAAUAUUUUCUUGAUUUUCAGCACAAAAUUCGGAUCUAGAACAGUUCUGAGAAUCUAUCUAGAAGCUAGCCAGAAAAUUAGGGCUCAAAAUUCAGAUUUUUUUAUGGAAAAGAAGGUUUUCUGAAAUGUUGUGCUGAAAAUUGAGAAAAUAUUGAUUUUUUGCCAGUUUCAGCGUUUUCAGCACGAAAUUUCAGUCUAGAAAUUAUUUUCCAAAAAAAGGGAAUUUUGAAUUGAAAAUCAGUAUUUUCAUGAUUUUCAGCACAAAAUUCGGAUCUAGAACAGUUCUGAAAUCCAUUUUUAGCCAGAAAUUUAGAGCUCAAAAUUUUGCUGAAAAAAUAUUUCUAGACUGAAUUUUUGUGCUGAAAAUUGAGAAAAUAAUGAUUUUUAGCCAGUUUCAGCGUUUUGAGCACAAAAUUUUGAUCUGAUCAUUUUUUUUGAAUUUUAUAAACGUGACCUAUUUUUUUUCACUGUUUCAAUUUUUCGAGAAAAAAAAAAUUAAAUUUUGCUCAUUUUUGAAUUUAAUAAAUUCACUAAACAGUAUUUUCUUAAAAAAAGGUAAUAUUUGAUUUUUGAGCUGAAAAUGACUAAAAAUCAAUUUUUUCUUGAUUUUCAGCGAAAAAUUCGGGUCUAGAAAAGUUCUGAAAUUCAAUAAUAUUCAGCCAGAAAUUUCGGGCUCACAAUUUUGCUGAAAAAAUAUUUCUAGAUUCAAAUUUUGUGCUGAAAAUCAUGAAAAUAGUGAUUUUUAGUCAUUUUCAGAAGGUAAUUUUUGAUUUUCGUGCUGAAAAUGACUGAAAAUCAAUAUUUUCAUGAUUUUCAGCACGAAAUUCGGAUCUAGAACAGUUCUGAAAAUCUAUAAUUGAUAGCCAGAAUUUCAGAGCUCAAAAUUCAGAAUUUUUUAUGGUAAAGAAGGUUCCAGACUGAAAUGGUGUGCUGAAAAUUGAGAAAAUAUUGAUUUUUUGCCAGUUUCAGCGUUUUCAGUACGAAAAUUCAUUCUAGAAUUUUUUUGCUCAAAAAAUCCAUAGUUUUCAGCCAGAAAUUUAGGGCUCAAAAUUUUGCUGAAAAAUUAUUUCUAGACUGAAAUUUUGUGCUGAAAAUCAAGAAAAUAUGGAUUUUUAGCCAGUUUCAGCAGUUUCAGCUCAAAAUUUCAGUCUAGAACAUUUUUCUUUAAAAAAAUCCGGGAUUUUGAACUUCAAAAACGUGACCUAUUUUUUUCACUGUUUCAAAUUUUCCAGAAAAAAAAAUGUUUUUCGCUCAUUUUUUAAUUUUCACAUAUCUUCAGACGGUCUUCUCUAGAAAAAGGUAAUUUUUGAUUUCUGUGCUGAAAAUGACUGAAAAUCAAUAUUUUCUUGAUUUUCAGCACAAAAUUUUGAGCUAGAGCAGUUCUGAAAAUCAAUAAUUUUCAGCCAGAAGUUUAGGAGCUCAAAAUUCAGAAUUUUUUAUGGAAAAGAAGGUUCUAAACUGAAAUUUUGUGCUGAAAACGAUGAAAAUCAUGAUUUUCAGCACAAAAUUCAUCAAAAAAUCUUUCCAGAAAACCCACAAACAAUGUGAACGCCGUGAAGACCAUGCAGUUGUCGUCACCGAACAAUUUCGAGAUCUCUCAACUUCAUUUCUAUCAAUCACCAAAGAUGCGUCAAAAGAUCCAUUGAUUGUUCGAAUCGGUGAAAUCGUCAAAUCAACUAAUCCACAAAUUUCAAUUGUCAAAGAUAAAGAUAAUCCAUUUCAUGCGAAUAUUCAAAGCUUUUUCAAAACUGGUGAAUAUGUGAUUUGUAAAGCGGAAACUUUGGAAUCUGUGGCACUUGAUAAUAUUCAAUUGACUUUUAAAGGUUGGUUUUUGGGGUGGGAAAUUGGGGAUUUUCAGGUGGAAAUUCUGAAAAUUUGCUGGAAAAUGAAGGUUUUUUAUUCAAAAAUUCUCACUGUUUCAAAAAUUGAUCAAAUUUUCAGUAAUUUUGUUCUGAAAAGGGAUUUCCAGGAAAACUUCAUUUUUUUCAGUUAAAAAUCUAGACUGAAAUUCUGUUCUGAAACUGUUGAAAAUCCCUGAAAAUUUUCUCGAUUUUCAGCACAGAAUUUUGGUCUAGAAAAGAUCAGGAAAUCCAUAUUUUCAGUCAAAAAUUUAGGAUUCCAAAAAACCGGAUUUUCUCAUGAAAAUUUCAGAAUUUUGAGUUGAAAAUGAAGAUUUUUUCAAAUUUUCAGUGAAUUUCUGAAUUUUCAUUGAAUUUCUGGAUUUUUAUGGGAAAAUUCAGAAAUUUCAAGAAUUUUGAUUUGAAAAUGAAGGGAUUUCCAUGAAAAAUCAAUUUUUUCUAUGCAAAAAUUCUCACUGUUUCAAAAAUUUCAUAUACAGUUUUAGUUUAGAAAUAUUUUAUUCGGAUAAUGUUUUUCUGGAUUUUUGGCGUCGAAAUUUCAUGAAAAAUUGGUCAAUUUAUCAUUGUUCAUAUUAAGAAGUCCCCUAAUUUUCUUUUCAAAAAAUCUCACUGUUUCAAAAAGUUCAUAUUCAAUUUUAGUUUAGAACUAUUUUGUUGCUUUGGAGACAUCAGAAUAAAUUCUCAGUUUUUAUUCAAUUUCUAGUUAAGCUAAGUUUUUAAAAACCUGGAUUUUUGGCAUCGAAAAAUCCUGGAAAAUUGGCCAAUUUAUCAUUGCUCACAUUAGGAUUUCCCUUGACUUUUCUCAGAACUUUCAAAAAAAAUUUACUGUUUCAGAAUUUUUAUAUUCAAUUUUAGUUGAAAAAUGUUUUGUUAAUCCGUUGUUUGUUAAUUUCUAGUUAAGCUAAGUUUAAAAAAAUAUCUGGGAAAAAAUUAUGAAAAAUUGGUCAAUUUAUCAUUGCUCAUAUUAAGAAGUCACCUAAUUUUUUUCUCAAAAAUUCAGAAUUUUUCCCGAAAAAAUCUCACUGUUUCAGAAUUUUUAUAUACAAUUUUAGUUGAAAAAUAUUUAGUUGCUUUGUUGAUCUGAAUCUGAGUAAAAAAUCAUCUUCCUGGAUUUUUGGCGUCGAAAAAUCCUGGAAAAUUGGCCAAUUUAUCAUUGCUCAUAUAAAAAAGUUCCCUAAUUUUUUUUCUCGAAAAUUCAGAAUUUUUCUCUUCAAAAAAAUUUACUGUUUCAAAAAUUUCAUAUUCAAUUUUAGUUGAAAAAUAUUUUGUUAGUUCGAUUAAUUUUUUAGUUCUAAUUUUGAUUUUCCAAAUUCUUGCUCAUGUUAAGAAAAAUUUUCAAAAAGGACAUUCAAAAAAUCAUGAACUUAAAAUAUGUAAAUCCGAUUUUUUCUCUUCAAAAAAUCUCACUGUUUCAAAAUUUUUAUAUACAAUUUUAGUUGAAAAAUAUUUUGUUGCUUUGAUGUUUGUUGAUCUGAAGCUGAUUGUGAGUAAAAAAUCAUCUUUCUGGAUUUUCGGAGUCGAAAAUUCAUGAAAAAUUGGUCAAUUUAUCAUUGCUCAUAUUAUGAAGUCCCCUUAGUUUUUUUCUCAAAAAUUCAGAAUUUUUCCCGAAAAAAUUUUCACUGUUUCAAAAAUUUCAUAUACAAUUUUAGGUGGAUACAAUUUUAGGCUAAUUCUAAGUUUAAAAAAAAUAUCUGAAAAAAAAUUAUGAAAAAUUAGCCAAUUUAUCAUUGCUCAUAUUAAGAAGUCCCCUAAUUUUUAUCAUAAUUUUUCUCUUCAAAAAUUUUCACUGUUUCAGAAUUUUUAUAUUCAAUUUUAGUUGAAAAAUAUUUAGUCAGUUUAAUUACUGUGGUGCAACUAAUUAUCCGUUUUUAAUCAAUUUCUAGUUAAGCUAAUUUUAAAAAAAACCUGGAUUUUUGGCGUCGAAAAAUUAUGUAAAAUUGGCCAAUUUAUCAUUGCUCAUAUGAAGAAGUCCCCAAAUUUUUUUCUCAAAAAUUCAGAAUUUUUCUCUUCAAAAAAUCUCACUGUUUCAAAAGUUUUAUAUACAAUUUUAGUUGAAAAAUAUUUUGAUGUUUGAAUAGUGGUAUUUAAAUUCUCAAUUUUAAUUAAUUUUAAUUUUAAGUUCCUGAAUUCUUGGAGAAAAAAAUCAUUGCUCAUUUCAAAAAAUUUAAAAUCUAGAUGUUUUUCGAAAAAAUCAGAAUUUUUCUUUUCAAAAAAAUUUACUGUUUCAGAAUUUUAAUAUCCAAUUUUAGGUGGAUACAAUUUUAGGCUAAGUUAAAAAAAAUAUCUGAAAAAAAAUUAUGAAAAAUUGGCCAAUUUAUCAUUGCUCAUAUGAAGAAGACUCCAAAUUUUUUUCUCAAAAAUUCAGAAUUUUUCUUUUCAAAAAAAUUUACUGUUUCAAAAAUUUCAUAUUCAAUUUUAGUUGAAAAAUAUUUUGUUGAUUGCAAUUUUCGAAGUUUUUAAAAAGUUUAAAAAAAUCAUUUCUCAUAUUUAUUCGAGCGAAGCGAGUGUAAACCGCAAGCUUCCGCGUAAGCGGCACUAUUUUCAAUCAAUAAAUCAAAAUUCCUUUCAGAAACUUAUAUGAGUCGAGCUGAUAUGUGGAGAUAUCGAAACAAAUUAAUCGGAAAAUUCGCCUACGUCGACACAAUUCUUCGUCAUUUCAACAUCACAACCAGAAUCACUGAUAUGUGGAAAAAAGGGGAUUUGGUCAAAAGUGGCUACGUAACCAACAAAACUCGAGUUGUAUUCCGAUCCAGCUCAAGUACCGUAUUGAUAUAUAUUCAAAUGUGCGCCGAAAUGCAUCAAUUAGAUCCCCAAGGUGAUUUGUAUUUGGAGAAAUGUUUGAAGGGAUUUUUGCCGACGCUUUUUGAGAAAUGGAAAUCGCAUGCUUGUUCGCAUUAUGUCAGUAUUAUUUUGUGCUCAAGGUUUUAUGCGGUAAGGUUUUUAUUUUUUUAAUUAUAGGAAAUGAAUGAGAUCUUUGAGGGGGGUUAGAGAUUUUUGUUAACAGAAUUUAGAAACGUAUAUUUUCAGGGGGAUAAUUUAAAAAAAAACAAUUUUUUAAUUUUUUUCAAAAUUUAAAUCUAUCAUUAAAGAGAAAAAUCUAUCGGCACUCAUAAAAAAUGUCUGCGAAACAAAAUAUUUUCUCAACCAAAAUCGGAUAAGAAAUUUUUGAAACAGUGAGAUUUUUUAGAGCAAAAAAUUUGGAAAUACUUCAUUUUUCAAUAUAUUUUGAAAAUUCUUCCAAUUUUUGUUUUGAAAAAUUAGGAGACCUUUUAAUAUGAGCAAUAAUUGAUUUAAAAUGAACUAGGUUAUGACGUGGCAAAGUUGCAUGACAGUGAUAAAUCCUAGAAACUUAGCGUAACUUGGCCGCUGCGCGGAAGAUUGCGGUUUACACUCGCUUCGCUCGAAUAGAGUGAAAAAACCAGAAUUUUCAGCCAAAAAUCAAUGACGUGGCAAAGUUGCUUCACUGUAAUUUUUUCCAGAUUUUUUAAUGCAACAAUUUGCAUGCAAUCUCUCUGUAAAGUAGAGGAUUUUUAUUAACAAAAUUUUCAAACGUAUAUUUUUUAUGUUUUCUUAAUUUUUAGGAAAAAGCGGAAUUUUAUUAAAAAAUACUGUUGCUCAUAUUAAAAAGUCUCCUAAUUUUUCAAAACAAAAAUUGGAAGAAUUUUCAAAAUAUAUUGAAAAAUGAAGUAAUUCUAAAUUUUUUGCUUCCAAAAAUCUCACUGUUUCAAAAAUUAUAUAUCUUAUUUUGGUUGAGAAAAUUUUUGUUUACAUUAAUGAACUUUCCCGAUAAAUCAGAAUUUUCAGCCAGAAAUCUAUAGGCUGAAAUUCGCCAUGUCAUCAAGUUGAAAUUCUGAAAAUCUGAUUUUAAAUUUUUUCGAAAUUCCACGUGGAUUUUCGAGCGAAGCGAGUGUAGACCGCAAGCUUCCGCGUUAGCGGCACUAUCUUCCGCGAAGCGGCCAGUUCCUGUACUUCUCUAGCUCUCUGAUUUCUCUGCAUCUCUAGAUCUCCAGCUGUCUCGGCUCUCUGCAUCUUUAGCUCUCUGGUUUCUCUGCGUCUCUCAAUUCUACAUGCUCUCUAAUCGAGCGGAGCGAGUGUAGACCGCAAGCUUACGCGUUAGCGGCACUAUCUUCCGCGAAACGGCUAGUUCCUCUGGGUCUCUAACUCUCUGACUUCUCUUCGUCUCUCAAUUCCACAUCUCUCUAAUGGAGCGCUUUGCAAAGUUAUCCUAACUUUUUGGGAUUUCGAAAUAACUUUUCUUGCAGACCGAUCAAUUGGACAAUGAAACGAAGCGAAAAAUGAAAGGAAGUUGUGAUCACCGCGGUCGAUAUUAUCAAGAUUUCUACCGUCUUCUAGUACAAAAUGAACAUUAUCCAGAUUGGACUCACGUUCUACGAAAUGUCAACAUCGGAUGUAAUCAUUACAAUCAAAGUAUCCAAUCAUUUUUGGCUCAAAAAUCCCAGGAGUCAAAUUCGAAAUAUCAACAGCCGCCGAUGGCAAUUUUCUGCAAGUGAUUAAUAUGAGCAUGAAUUCGUUUAGUUUGUAUCAUACUGAUCGACGAUUUGAGACGACUGGACAACAGAUUAUAUUUGUGACACCUGGAAAUGGGGUUUUGCAUGUGGAUCGGGAUUUGGUUGGAUUGACGAAGCAAAGGGUUAUUGAUAUGGGUAUUUCGAUGGAUAUGGUGAGAAAUUAUGCAAAUUUUUGAAUUUCCCGCCAAAUAUGACCCCGGAAAGAUGAAAAAUCGACUUUUUUGCAAAUGCGCUCCAUUGAGAAUUUGGCGGGAUUUUUGGGAAAUUCAAAUUUUUAGCUAUGAAAAAUGAACUCAAAAACCAUGAAAAUUCAAAUUUCCCGCCAAAUUUGACCCCGGGAACAUGAAAAAUCGAAUUUUAGCUCGAAAAUUAGCAAACGCGCUCCAUUGAGAAUUUGGUGGGAUUUUUGGGAAAUUCAAAUUUUUAGAAGAGCAAAAUGCUCAAAAUUGAGCCAAGUAAAAACUUUUAGAAUCUGUGACCAAAGUUUUGAAAAAAAAUCGGCAAACGCUGUGAAUUUUUUCCCAAAAUUUUGAAAAAUUUUUGAAUUUUUAAAGGAAAAAGAUUAUUUUGAGAUGAAAAUUCCAAAAAAAUUUCAUAAUUCCCUUUCUCCAGGUUUGCCUUGGUGAACAACCUCUUCACGCUGUCCCAUUAUUCGUUUUCCAUCCAAUUGUUGGACAAAAACAACGAGAAUGCGAUUAUUUCAUUCCGCAUUGGAUGAAUUACUCAUAUUAUAAAAUGGAUAGACGGAGUGCUAUUUCUGUGCAAUUUCAGCCCAGAAUUCAAUUGCCUGCUGAUAUUUUGGUGAGGAAUUUGGGGGUAUUCAAAGGUGCAUAGGCUUGAAAAUCGUGUCAAGACCUAAUUUCUGAUGAAAAAUUCAUUAUUUUUGGUCCUGCAAGGAUUUUUGAGGGUUUUAAAGGUGCAUAAGCUCAGAGAUCGUGUCAGGACCAAAUUUCUGAUGAAAAAUUGAAUAUUUUAGGUCCUGCUACGAUUUUUAAGGGUUUUAAAGGUGCAUAAGCUUGGAAAUCGUGUCAGGACCCGAUUUCUGAUGAAAAAUUGAAUAUUUUUGGUCCUGCCACGAUUUUUGAGGUAUUUAAAGGUGCAUAGGCUUGAACAUCGUGUCAGGACCUAAUUUCUGAUGAAAAAUUGAAUAUUUUUGGUCCUGCCACGAUUUUUGAGGUAUUUAAAGGUGCACAGGCUUAAAAAUCGUGUCAGGACCAAAUUUCUGGUGAAAAAUUGAAUAUUUUUGGUCCUGCCACGAAAAAAAUUUGGCGGGAAAUUCCAAAUUUCAAACUCAAAAAUAUUCUUUCCCAGGCGGCCCCCAAAAAAAUGAACAUGUCCGGUCAAACCGUUUGCUACGAUCUAAAUGUGAAUGAAGUGGAUGUUCUCUACGAUGCAAACAAGUUGGACAAAGUCAUAAAUCAAUCGAAAAAUUCAAAUUCAGAAAAUUCAGAACAUCAUGAUGAUGAUAAUAUCAAAUCAAUUCGGAAAGCAUUGGAGUUGCCUGAACUUGCAGAGAAACCGCCUGAGAAACCACAUCAAAAAACAACAGCCCGUGAGGAGAAGGAGCGGCCAUUUGUGCCUAGUUACCCGGGAGGAUCGAAUAGUCGAGACAUCCCGUGUUCCACAAGUCAUCGCAACGAGGGAUCGUCGUUUGAGAAUUUUUCGUUUUCCGGAAGCCGCACGAAACCCUAUGGAUCUUAUGAAGCUAGCUCAUAUUAUCAAAAAAAAUAUGCGAUUCCCAGACGAGCAACUGUUGAUCCGAUGAGCAAUUUGAGCCCGGAUCGCAAUUAUGUUCCAUUGGGAUCUUUGAAGAAGCAGGACACAUUGAUCAAUCCGUUCAAGCCGGAACUCUUUGAAGUCCAAAUGACGGCGAAUCGAAGAAGAUGGAUUCAUGUGUUCCCCGUGGAUUCGAAUGGGUUAUCGAAGUUGGCACAUCAUUCGGUGUCCGGGCAAAGUAUGAUGCAUAUUGUGUCGGCUAGCGAGCAGGAGAAGGAGAAGGAGCCCAUUCAGGAGCCAGAUGUUGAGGAGCCGGAGAAAGAACAGGAAAAGGCAGCUGGAAGUGUUUCGCCGGUCAAGCAGCAGAAAAAUGUGUCUUCGGCGAUGAGCCCCACGGAGAGUGUGAGUUUUUUGGGGCUUUCCUAAAGAUUAGCGAGAAAAUUUGGAUUUUUCAAGCAUUGCUCUGGUUAAACAAACAAAAAUUUGGAGAUUUUUGAGCCCAAACAAGCCCUGGAUCUUUUUUUAGCUUCUGGCUCUCGAAAUGAGCAAUUUUUUGCACAAAAACACGUUUUUGAGGGCCUUUUUUGGGAUUUAAACAAUUUUGCUAGAAAUUUGAAAUUUUUCAAGCAUUGCUCAGGUUAAGAAAAAUCGGGCAACUCAGGAUGCAUUGCUCAGGUUAAACAGUUUUGAACUGAAAUUAGAAUUGUUUAACCUGAGCAAUACUUGAAAAAUGGUCGAAUUUCAGCUCAAAACGGUUUAACCUGAGCAAUGCUUAUAGAAAUUCUUGAAAAUUUUUUAAUCUGAGCAAUGAUUCUAAAAUCCUAAUUUUCCGAUUUUUGUUAACCUGAGCAAUGCUUCAAAAAUUUCAAAUUUCUUGCGAAAUUGUUUAACCUGAGAAAAUCAGAAUUUUCCCGAUUUUUGUUAACCUGAGAAAUGCUCUAAAAUCCUUCAAAUUUCUAGCGAAAUUUUUAACCUGAGCAAUUCUCUAAAAUCCUAAUUUUUCCGAAUUUUCUUAAGCUGAGCAAUGCUUCAAAAUUUCAAAUUUUUAGAAAAAUUGUUUCACCUGAGAAAUACUCUGAAUUCCUAAUUUUUCCGAAUUCUCUUAACCUAAGCAAUGCUUCUGAAACUUCAAAUUUCAGCUCAAAAUUUUUUAACCUGAGCAAUACUUCUAAAAUUUCAUGAAACUUCUAAAUUUUAUAACAAAAUUGUUCAAAAUUUGUUUUUAUCCUGAAGUUUCAUCUGAUCCACCAAAAUUCCAAUAUAUUUUUCUUAUUCCAGAUAAGUCAACGCGCCACCGAUAAAAAGAACACAGUUUGGGCGUGGGGAAGUACGGGAGAAGAAAAAUGGGAUGCCGAUUUGGAAGUUGGAACCGAUUGGAAAUCGCUUGUCAGAUCGGCUCUUCUACCAAUCACAACUGAUUUUUUUCCGGAUUAUUUGAGUUUGACAACCAAUUAUCAGACCAAUACAUAUUCUGUCAUUUUUGUUGAUUUUAAAUUUGCGACGGUGAGUUUUUGGGGAAUUCAGGCUUUCUAGGUGCGGCUACUUGUGAUAGAAGCUCUCAAGGCGCAGCUCCUUGACAGAGUGGAUAUCUAGGCUUGGCUCCUAGACAUUUAGAAUCUCAAGGCGCGGCUCCUUGUUAGGUUAAAUCUCUAGAAGCUGGGGCUUCAAAAAGUGGUUAUAAUUUUUCGAUAUGAAAAGUAUAAUUAUGAAACCAGAAAAUCCAGAAUCUUCUGUAGAAUUUUUGAAACAGUGAAAAAAUUUAGUUCCCAAAGUUUGUAAACAUGGAUUUUUCACAUGAAAAACAUCUUGAGAAUUUCGAAUAUUUCCAAAAUUUAAUAAAUAAAUACAGAUUUCAAUAUGAAAAGUCUGAAAAAAUCAAAAUUUUUCAAAAAAUUUGCUCAGAAAUAGGAAUAUUGGACUUGGAGUCUUCUCAUUUUUAGAAUUUUGAAAAAUUCCAAAGAUUUCUUGAUAAGUGGUGAUUUUAGUACCAAAAAAUCCCAAAAAUUCCGAAAUUUAUUCAUUUUUGAAUGAAAAUCACAUUCUAGACGCAGCUGCUUGAGAACUAGGGUUUCUAGGCUCGCCUACUUGACAUAGACGCUUUCUAGGCUCAGCUGCUUGACCUUGAGGUUUUCUAGGCUCGGCUGCUUGAGAACUAGGGUUUCUAGGCUCAACUGCUUGCCAUAGACGUUCUCAAGGCGCGGAUCCUAGACCUUGAGGUUCUCUAGGCUCGGCUGCUUGAGAACCAGGGUUUCUAGGCUCGGCUGCUUGCCAUAGACGUUCUCAAGGCGCGGAUCCUAGACCUUGAGGUUCUCUAGGCUCGGCUGCUUGAGAACUAGGGUUUCUAGGCUCGGCUGCUUGCCAUAGACGUUCUCAAGGCGCGGAUCCUAGACCUUGAGGUUCUCUAGGCUCGGCUGCUUGAGAACUAGGGUUUCUAGGGUUGGCUGCUUGACCUAGGAGCUCUAAAGACGUCCAUGGGUUAAAAAAAUGUAGAGUUUCUGAAAAUUGUUCCAAAAUCUCUGGAUUUCAGCAUUUUUUCAGUGUUUUUCUUGAAAUUUUUGAAACAGUGAAUUUUUUUCGAGCGUAGCGAGUGUAAACCGCAAGCUUCCGCGCCAGCGGCACUAUCUUCCGCUUCAGCGGCCAGUUCCUCUGCGUCUCUAGCUGUCUAAUUUCUCUGCGUCCCUAACUCUCAGAUUUCUCUGCGUCUCUAACGCUUUAGCUAUCUGGUUUUUCUGCGUCCCUAGCUCUCUGAUUUCUCUACGCCUCUCAAUUCUACAUACUCUCUAAUCGACUUAGCCCGGAAUUUUAGAACUCCCAGAAAAAUCAAAUCUACAUAGAUUCUUUGACUCCAAAAAAACUCAAAUUUUGUGUUCCAGGGAAUCCCUCGACAUGUCUACGAGCAACUAAUUUGUCAACGACUUCAACGUGGUUUCCAAAUUGUUCUCCUCGAAAAGAAAUUCAUCGAUGAAGCGAUUCAUUGUCGAUCAAAUAUUCAAGACAUCGAUGUAACUGAUGAAUGUGUUCUCUCAUUCAACAAAAUCUAUCAUAAAAUGUGUUUUUCGGAGACAAAUAAACAAUUGGCGGUGACUAUCUUCAAAGCAAAUGAAAAACCGAUGAUUGAAGUUGCGAUGCAUCGAGGAUGGUUUCCAAGACCUUCGCAAAAUAAUAUUAAAAAAGAAAAACAUUCGGAAUAUAAUCCAAAUAAAAGAAUUUUUGAUGAAGAUGGUCCCAAAAUCACCGAAAAAACGCUAGAUGACGAAUUAAAUUGGAAAAAUUUCAAUACAAUUUACACGUUCUACUUCCAAGUUCCGGAUUCGGAGAGUUAUGAGAAGUCUACGACUAAACUUCGACAUCAUGAUUUGGACAAACUGAAUUGGUCCCUGAUUGACGCGGUUUUGCAACGGAAAUAUCCGGAUUUGUUGUUUUCGGAUGCGAUGAAGUGUUUCUCGGCGAGUUUUGUUAUUACGAUGGCUCCGAAGGAUUUGGGAGUGAAAUCGAAGAAGAAAGUUGGAGAGGAGCUGUUGAGAGGCGCGGAUUUUAGGGAUUAUAAUGAUUAUGAUUGUUUGGAUUCGACGAGUUAUACGAGAUUUACCAAUGUGAGGGUUUUGGGGGGAAAUUUGAAUUUUUUUGGAAAAAUUUACAUUUGAGCUCUUGGGGCUCUAAAAUACCAAAAAAUCAUGAAAUUUCAAAGUUUUCAGUCAAAAAUUGAUUGAAACUAUAAUUAGAUUGAUUUUUAUGAGAUUCUGAAGAUUUUUGGGGUGAAAAAAUUGAAAAUUUGAGCUCCUGGGGCUCAAAAAAACCGAAAAAUUAUGAAAUUUGAAAGUUUUUGGUCAGAAAUUGAAUAAAAACUAUAUUUAAGCCGAUUUUUCUGAUUGAGAUUUACGAAUAUGAGUUUCUCAAGUUUUAAAAUUCAAAUUCUGAAAAAAAAAAUCAUUAAAAAAUUUUUUUUUUGAAAAAUUGAGCGUCCUCUCGAAAAUCCACAUGGAAUUUUUGAAUUUUGAAAUUUUGUCAAAAAAAUCUUCAGCGAAAUUCCGAAUUUCCGAUUUUUUGGAGAAUCCCUAGAAGCGGCUCCUUGAGAACUAGCCUCACUAGGCGCGGAUCCUUGUCAGAGUGGAUCUCUAGGCGUGGGUCCUAGACAAUAGGAAUCUCUAGGCUCAGCUACUUGAGAACUAGGUUUCCUAGGCUUGAUCGCGUGUAAAAUAAUGGGAAAUUUUUGAUUUCUUUAUCAUUUCCUGCUAUUUUAUGCUUUUGAAAAUCACAAUUUACUACAGUAAUCCAUAAAAUUGACGCUAAAAAUCAUGAAAUUUAAUGGAGGAUGUGAAAAAUUGUGUGAAAACGGCCAACGACGCGCAUAAUGGGUGUGUUUGCACAUUAACCGACGCCAAAUUUUCAUUUUUUUUGUUUUUAUGAUUAUUUCAAUUAUUUUUGACUAAAAUGCUUUUAUUUGUGUUACUAAAGGACCACGAAGACGUUACACACACUGAAUUUGAUUUAGUUUUGGAUCAACAGGUAAUUAAUUUUAUAAUUAAUUAUUUUUUUAAUUAGAAAAAAAUCAAUUUAGACCACGCUGAAGCUUCUUGAAGAACAGAUUUCGUCAAAAUUGAAUAUUAAAAGAGUAUAUAUGGAUUUGUUUUUCGCCGAUGGGAGGAAGAUUUUUGGGUUUGAUGUGAAUGGUAAGAUUGUGCAAAUUGGACUGAAAAAUAUGGAUAAAGUGAUUGUGGUAAGUAUAGUUACGUUAAUAAUUGUUAAGGUUCAAAAUUGUAGUACAGCUAAUUUUAGAAACACACUUCAACUCGAAACUGGUCUAUAUUUCUGCAAAGGUACGAAACGUUAAAAAGCCUACGAACAAGCGACGAACAAGAUGAGAUGGCCAGGUCCCUUCUUGAAAUGAUAUAUAUUUUAGAAAAAGGAGGGUUUUUCAAUUGCUACCUUGAACUUCGAAUUGACAGAAAUCGAAUUUGCGCGGAUAUUCGAGAGUAUUUGGGAGGAUUUCGAAACACUGUUAAAAUGGCUGCUCGAUAUUUUUUCUUUGAUCUGAAAAUAGAUAGACAAAACCCUGCGGUUUUCGAUGUAUGUUUGCAAUUUUUUUUUAAUUUAUAUUUUGUUUUGCAGAUAAGUUUUAACGAGCCGCGUUGUACGGUCACAGAUUAUGAUGGAAAGACGACUUAUCAUAUUAAGGCAAGCUACGAAAGACCUCCCAAUCUUCGAGAAGUUUUUGUAUAUUCGCUCCUUCAACUCAUCGAUGUGGGUCCUGAAUCGUAUGUUAUAUAUCCGCUCCCUGCAACACCAUUCAGAACUAUCUUUAUUGCUCUGAAAUCGAUUGCGAACUUUGAACGGCUCACUUUGAAGAGCAGGAUUGAAAUACACGUCCUUUGCUCUAUAUUUUGUAUUACGGACGUUGAGAAUUGUGGGCAGAUUGAUGAGAGACCGAUUGUUAAUGAUUUUGCCGUACCGUUCAGAGAAAGUAUGAUUUUUUGUUAAAAAAUUGGUGGAUUUUUGACGAAAAAAAAUUAAGUUGUGCUCAUUUGAAAGCGCAUGUUCUAAUUAGUACAACCCUUGAAGGAUCUUUUCUGGAAGCUUCACAAACAUUAAUUAAAAAACUGUAAAGUUCGAAAAAAACAGUGAAACACCGUGUAAAAUGGCUUGAAAACCAUAAGUACUGUAGCUGAGAAGCUUCCAGAAAAAAAUCUUUCUUAAUUUUUGCUCGCACUCCACCUUUAAGGUGAAAAUUGGUCAUUUUUUGAUAAAUUCACUGUUUUGGUCAACAUUUGGUACCAAAAUUGAUCAAAAAUUAACCAAAUUUUCGUCAACUCGAAUUUUUGGUCAAAUUGGUUUAGCCUCUAAGCUAUACGUUGAAAAAAGUUUAUGGAAUUUUUUUUUCGGACCUUUUAGGCCUUUCGAGAAAAAAAUCCCCUGGGGCUUUUAAGGGGGCCCGAUCUUUUGAGGAAAUUGAAUUUUGACCUCUUACCCCCUUUAAACUCAACUUAUUAACAUUUUCAGGUUAUAAACGUGAAAACAUUUUUCAAUUAAUUUGUGAAGGAACUCCUGCUAAUGCUGUUGAAAACGAAGAACUUCGAACAAUUGUGGAUGAAUGUUGUUCAGAAGAUCGUAUCAAGAUUGCAAGAGCGGCAUUGAAUAGAUGGAAUUUGGUGGAUGUGAUUGAGAGAGCUAAGGUUCGUACGAAUACGGUGAAAGAAGAUAUGGAAGUUCGGGGAAUCAGAAUUGAAGAAUCAGAAGAAUUUGAAAAAUAUGCCGAAGAUGUGAAAUAUAAUUGUUCUUUGUUCUCACACUGUUGAAAUUUGAAAUAAAUUAUUUUGGUAUAUCUAAAUUUGAUGUGUUUUGUUCUGAGUUUUUUUGAAAAAAAAUUCUUGAAAAAUAAUCUGAAAAUUAUUUCAGAGUCUCCAAAAAUUAAAUUGAGCAACGUUUGAGCUUUAAAAUGUGUCAACAAAUUCGAAUAAAUCCCUAUUCCAGGAAAAAUCAUCUGAAAAUUUGAUUAAAAAAUAUUCAGCUUAAAUUUUAACAGAUCAGAAAAUAUAAAAAUGUUUAAAAAUUUCACAAAAAAACUGUCUGAAAUUUCACAGAAAAAUUAAAUCAAACAGUUUUGAUCUUAUGUAAAAAUCAAAGUUCCUACAACAAUUCCAUUUUUUCCAGCUUCUCCUCUACAUAAAUCGUCUAUCCUACCCCUCUCACAUAACCGAUCAAUCCUUCCAAUCUCCACGAGUUUCACAAAGUUGUUCAUCAUCACACGAUGAAAAAGAUAAAUUUGGAUUGGAUGAAAUGGAAGAAGCGCUGAAACAAUUCAAACAAACCAAAUAUGUUGGAGUUUGUUCGAUAAAUGAUCGAGGAAAUUGUGUGAAUACUCCGCCGGAUAUGUUUAUUGUUUAUGAUUUUGUUGUUUGGUUGCAGGGUAAGAUUUGGGGAUUUCGGGAGGAAAAAUUAUAUAGAAAUGUGAAAAUCUGAAUUUGAAAGCUGAAAAUUAACCUGGAAAUUUGAAAAAUUGAUCUGAAAAUAUGGAUUUCUUGUUUUUUGGUUCAAAAAAAUUGAUAGAAAUGUGAAAAUUAGGAUUCGAAAGCUUAAAAUUAACCUGGAAAAUUGAAAAUUAUUUUUUUUUGUGGAUUUUAGCAUGGAGUUCAUUCCUGUAUCAUUUUCAACCGUUUUCAAAAAAAAUUUAAGAAAAAAUGGUGAAACAGUGGAUUUUUUUUCAAACAAAAAUUGAUAGAAAUGUGAAAAUUCGGACUUGAAAGCCUAAAACUGACCUGGAAAAUUAAAAAGUAGUUUUUAUUUUGAAUAAUUUCUGAAUUUAAUGAUUUUCGAAAAAAAUUAUUGAAUUCUGCAUCAUUUUCAGUUGUUUUCAAAGAAUUUUAAGAAAAAAUGGUGAAACAGUGAAUUUUUGUUCAAAAAAAUUGAUAGAAAUGUGAAAAUUUGGACUUUAAAGCUUAAAAUUAACCUGGAAAAUUGCAUUUUUGAAGAUUCCGAAUUUCAGAUUCAAAAAAUGAUCCAGAAAGUUCUAAGCUCAAAUUUGAAUCUAAAAAUUGCCCUGGAAAUCGAAAUUUCAAAUUUUGAUUCUUAAAAAUUUCAAAGAUUUCAUGGUGAAUACAAAUUUCAGUUCUAAAAAUCUUAAAAAUACUGAAAUUUAUAGAUUUUUGAGUGAAAACCAUGUUCUAGACGCGGCUGCUUGAGAUCUAGUCUCUCAAGGCGCUGCUCCUUGCCGAAGUGGAUCUCUAGGCGCCGGUCCUAGACAACUAAGUUCUCUAGGCGCCGGUCCUAGACAAUUAGGUUCUCUAGGCUCGCCUACUCGAAAUCUGGUCUCUCAAGGCGCUGCUCCUUGCCAAAAUGGAUGUCUAGGCGCAGAUCCUUGCCAGAGUGAAUUUCUAGGCGCCGGUCCUAGACAAAAAGGUCCUCUAGGCUCAGCUACUUGUCAUAGCAGCUCCCAAGGCUCGGCUCCUUGCCAGAGUGCGUCUCUAGGCGCCGGUCCUAGACACUUAGGUUCUCUAGGCUCAGCUACUUGCCAUAGAAGCUCUCGAGGUGCUGUUCCUUGCCAGAGAAGCUCUCAAGGCGCUGCUCCUUGCCAGAGUGAAUCUCUAGGCAGGCGCCGGUCCUAGACACUUAGGUUCUCUAGGCUCGGCUACUUGACACAGAGGCUCUAAAGACAUUUAUGGGUCAAAAAAUAGCCAAAAAAUUCGAAACUUGGAUUUAUCACCUGAAAAUUGCUCCGGAAAUUAAAAAAAACUAAUUUUUAAUUCAAAAAUUCACUAGAUUUCAGCUAAAUUUGUUCAAAAAUUUAGGUUUACCUAGAAAUUUUCUAAAAAAUUUCUUAUUUUCCCCCUCCUCUCCUCUUUUUUUCCCACAUGGCCGAAUUUCUCCCCCUCCUCGUGGCCUAGAAAACCAAAUGCAAACAUUUUAUUUUUUUUCUUUUGCACUGCAUUUUUCCCCCCGUUUUUUCUCUGAAAACCUGCUCCAAAUCCAAUUUUCCAGAAAAUGUUCAAGGAAAAUGUCAAAUUCCGGAUUGCCUUGUUCUCAUUGCUGAUCUCAAAGACAAUGAUAUAAUUCGAAUUGCACAUCCAAGUGAAGAAGAAUAUCAUAUGGCAGAUGAAUUUGUGCAAAAAGCGCCAGAAAAUGAGAAUGAUAUUAUUUAUGGAUUCCAAUUGUGCUAUUUUGUUGAAAAGGAGAAGGAAUAUGAGGGAAAGAUUUCGAGGUAACGAUUUUUCGGGCCGGAAAUUUUCGAAUUUUCAUCAAUUUUUCAUUAAAAAUAUUGAUUUUUUUUGAAUUUUGAGCCGGAAAACUCAAAUUUCAACAAAAUAUGACAAAUUCCAGGUGAAUUUUGGACUAGAAAAUUAUGGAUUUUCCCAGCUAGAAAUACGUUUUGAACAAUUGAUUUAUAAUGAAAUUUGCGUAAGAAAAUGAUUCGAAUUGUAAAUUAUCCGGGAAAAAUCAAAUUUUUCUUGAAAAUCUUCAAAUUUCCAUUAAUCUUAACCUAGAAAACAUAAAAAUUGAAGAAAUUUUCAAUUUUUAUCAGAAAAUUUGAAAAAUAUUGUUUUUUGACUACAAAAUCUCAAAAAAACUUCGUGUGUGUUUGAGCAGAAAAUUGUGGAAUUAGUGCUAUAAAAAAUUCCUGCUAGAAAUACGUUUCGAAAAAUUGAUUUAUAAUGAAAUUUGCGGAAACAAACUGAUGGUCUUUUUAAAUGCGUUAGUAAAAUUUAAAAUAAUCGAUUUUUCAUGAAUUUUAAGCCGGAAAACUCAAAUUUCCAAGGAAUUUAACCUAGAAAACAUAACAAUUGAAAAAAUAUUGUUUUUUGAACACAAAAUCUCAAAAAUUUUGUGUCCUUGAGCAGAAAAAUCGAGGAAUUUGUGAUAUAAAAAAACCCAGCUGCAAAUACGUUUCGAAAAAUUGAUUUAUAAAGAAAUUUGCGGAAGAAAAUGAUUCGAAUUGUAAAUUAUCCGGGAAAAAUCAAUUAAUUUUUGAAUUUUCGUCAAUUUUGAAUUAAAAAUCUCGAAAUUUAAUGAGUUUUGAGCCGCGAAACUCAAAUUUCCAUUAAUCUUAACCUAGAAUACCUGGAAAUUGAAGAAACUGCAAAUGCGCCCCAUUGAACUAUUUGAUAUUUGUUAGAAGAUUUGAAAAAUAUAGGUUUAAACUAACUUCCUUAGGAACUUCACUUGUCAAAACCAAAAAUAUUCCAGAUUCACAACCAUCCAAUACGCCACCAAUAUUUUCUCGCUUAAUGAUCAACCACAAAAUGAAUGGAGAAAUUAUAUUGAUAUUGAAUUGCCGAGUGUGAAAGAGGAUGCACCGCUUGGCGAAUUUACCAGGGUUUGUUUGAGAUUUUUUUUUUUGGCUGAAAAUUGUGGAGAAAGAGAGUUUGUAAUGAGCAAUUUCUGAAUUUUUGCUGAAAAUUGGGAUUUUUGAAAGUUCUACAGAGUUUAAAAUGAGCAAUAUCUGAAUUUUUGCUGAGAAUUGGGAUUUUAAAAGAUACUUGAGAUUUUAAUAUGAGCAAUACCUAGAUUUUUAUUGAAAAUUUGGAUUGUUGGCCUGUAACAUGAGCAAUAGCAUGGUUUUUGCUGAAAAUUUGAUUUUUGAGGGUUCUUGACUGUUUAAUAUGAGCAAUACCUAGAUUUUUAUUGAAAAUUUGGAUUUUUAGCUCUUAAUAUGAGCAAUGCUUAGAUUUUUUGCCGAAAAUUUGGAUUUUUGAAAGUUCUACAGAAUUUAAUAUGAGCAAUCCUCAAAAAAGUGUACUGCGGCAUGGUUUUUGGGGCGUGGCCUAAAUAGUUUUCCAGAAAAAAAACAGAAAAACUAUGAGGUUGCUCAUAUUAAACUCAAAAAUCAUAAAAUUUUAAGCAGAAAUUCAGGUAUUGCUCAUAUUAAACCCCUCUAUUUUUUGCAGUUCUACUACGAUUCGAUCUUCUACCCCGAAAGUGCCUACUCAUUCCAAAUGAAAUGGUAUUUGGCAACCGGCCAAGCUGUUGCUGAUCUCCUAACCGGAUGGUCCAAUAAAUCCCGCCAGCAAUUCAGUAUCUUGACAUUUCCGGUCCCGGAUGAUCCAUUUUCAUUGGCACAGGACACGUAUUCGAAUCCAUUGAGAUGUUCAAUUCAAAUACCGUUUAAGAAUGAUGGAAUUGUGGCGAAAGAGGAUGUGGGUGAUUUUUUGAGGUCUAAUUAAGUCUAGGCCGAGUUUUGGGCCUGAAAAUGACCGAUUUUCAGUCAAAAAUAGCUGAAAAUGGCUGAUUUUUAGCCUAGAAACGUCCAAAUUUCAAGUUUUCUAACCAUUUUUGAUUUUUGAGGGGAAAUUUGGGAUUUUUUUGAGCCUAAAUAAGCCUGGGCCCGAUUUCUGGGCUUAAAUCCAUCGAAAAUGACCAAUUUUCAGUCAAAAAUAGCUGAAAAUGAUUAAUUUUCAGCCUAGAAACGUCCAAAUUUCAAGUUUUCUAACCAUUUCUGAUUUUUGAAGGGAAAUUUGAAAUUUUUUGAGCCUAAAUAAGCCUAGGCCUGAGUUUUCGGCCUGAAAUUGUCAAAAAUGAAAGCUAAAUUUUAACCUCCAAAAUUUACGUUUCAAAAUAUUUUUAAAUGAAAUUUGAAUGAAAAAUUUUGAUUAUCUCUUUUCACUACCUUCAAAGCUUAAAAUCUGAAAUUUCUAGCCUAAAAUUCAAAAAUCAUAUUUUUUGCAGGAGAAAGAUUUCAUAGUUUCGGUUUUGUUCCGCUUCGGAUUCAUCGAUUUUGGUUGCAACGUCAAACAUGAUUUUCAAACGCCCAGAAAUGCACCAGGUUUGGAUUUUCCCCCUAUUUUUCUUUUUUUUUCUCUGAAAAUCCAUGUUGUUUUUUUUCCAGAUCUUUCCUCCUCAACAACCCUCAAAUCGUUCAGUUUCAUACAUCAAAUUGGUGGAAUGUUUGUGUCGUUGAUGAUUGGCGACGAGAAAAAUAGCUCCUCAUCGCCACCGUUUUUCUAUUGGGCCUGGAAUCAUAUGUUGAGCAAUUUGUAUAGGAAUAAGACGUGAGUUUUUUUCAAUGUUUCAAAAAAAUAUUUGCUCAAAAUUAUUCAAAAAUUUCUGAAAAUAGGAAUUUUUAUAUAUUUUAUUAUGAGAAUUUUUCACUGUUUCAAAAAAAUUAAUAAUUUUUGAAGAGUUUGGGAAGAUUUGAUGUAAUAGUGAUUGAAAAUAUAUUUUCAAAAUUUGGGAAAAAUGCAAAAUUAAAGAUUAAUAAAAAAACAAAUUAGCUGAUUUUUUGAGCUCAAAAUUCUCCAGAAAUUUCUGAAAAAUGGGAAUUUCUAUGUUUUUCAUUUCGAUAAUUUUUCACUGUUUCAAAAUUUUUGAAAAUUUUGAAGGGUUUGAUGACUUUUGAUACUGGUGUUGUUGGGCGAGAAUUUGAAAAAAUAUAGCAAAAAUUCUGAAUUUUAAGAUUACAAAAAAAAACAAAUCAGCUGAUUUAUGAGCUCAAAAUUCUACAAAAAUUUCUGAAAAAUUUUUCAUUGUUUCAAAACUUACUAGUUUUUGAAGGAUUUAAGGAGCUUGUAAUUUUCAGAAUAAACAUAAUUUUUAACAAAGUGUGUAGGAAAAAUGACAAAUUUUUUGAUAAUUUUUCACUGUUUCAAAAAUUGAGUAAUUUUGAAGGAUUCGGGAAGUUUUGAUGAAAGUUGAAAAAAAAACAUUGCAAAAAUUCUGAAUUUUAAGAUUACUGAAGAAUAUUCGCUGAUUUUUGAGCUGAAAAUUCUCCAAAAAUUCGUGAAAAUGGGAAUUUCUAUUUUUUCAUUAUGAGAAUUUUUCACUGUUUCAAAAAAUUGAGUAAUUUCGAUGGGGUUUCGUUCUGGUGAUGAUUUUUGGAUAAACUGUUAAAAAAACAAUAGUGAUUGGAAGUUGUUUUUUUUUAAUUCAGGAAAAAUCCCGAAGCUUGAGGUUAUCAAAACAACAAAUUAGCUGAUUUUUGAGCUCAGAAUUCUCCAAAAAUUCCUGAAAAAUAGGAAUUUCUAUAUAUUUUAUUAUGAGAAUUUUUCACUGUUUCAAAAAAAUUAUUAAUUUUUAAAGGAUUUGGGACGUUUUGAUAAUAAUGAAUGAAUAAUAUAACAAAAAUUCCGAAAGCUCAAAUUUCAUUAAUUUUUAUUUUGUAGCAAAAAAACAGCAGAAAACGCUGAAAUUUUCGGAAAUGUUGUUUUAAAUGAGGAAUUUUCAUCUUUUUCAUAGUUAGAAUUGUUCACUGUUUCAUAGAUUUAUUAAUUUUUAAAAGGGUUGGGGAGUUUUGAUUUUUCAAACUGAUCGAAAAAACAAUAAUAGUGAAUUGAAAAAAUGUUUUUUUUAAUUUAGGAAAAAUCCCAAAAUUAACGUUUACGGAUGCGUUGAUUUUUGAGCUGAAAAUUCUCUAAAAAUUUCUGAAAAAUGGGAAUUUCUAUAUUUUUCAUUUCGAAAUUUUUUCACUGUUUCAUAAAAAUUAGUAAUUUCAAUGGGUUUGAUGACUUUUGAUAAUGGUGUUGUCGAAAAUUUUAAAAAAACAUUGCAAAAAUCCCAAAUUUUAAGAUGACUAAAGAGUAUUCGUUGAAUUUUGAGCUGGAAAUUAUUCGAAAAUUUCUGAAAAUGGGAAUUUCUAGGGUUUUUAUGUUGAGAAUUUUUCACUGUUUCAAAGAAUUGAGUAAUUUCAAUGGGUUUAAUGACUUUUGAUACUGGUGUUGUUGGGCGAGAAUUUGAAAAAAUAUAGCAAAAAUUCUGAAUUUUAAGAUGACUAAAGAAUAUUCGCUGAAUUUUGAGCUGAAAAUUCUCCAGAAAUUUCUGAAAAAUGGGAAUUUUUUUUUCAUUUUGAUAAUUUUUCACUGUUUCAAAAUUUUUUGAAAAUUUAGAAGGGUUUGGGAAGUUUUGAUACUUGCGUUGUUGGCCGAGAAUUAAAAAAAUAUAGCAAAAAUAUUCAUGAAUUUUAAGAUUACUAAAGAAUAUUCGCUGUUUUUUGAGCUGAAAAUUCUCCAAAAAUCCCUGAAAAAUAGGAAUUUCUAUUUUUUCAUUAUGAGAAUUUUUCACUGUUUCAAAAAAUUCAUAAAUUUUUGAAAUAAUUUGUUUUCUGUUGAUAGUUGAAUUGUUUUCAUCUGUUUCAUAGAAAUGUUUUCACUGUUUCAAAUAUUUUUUGAAUAUUUGAAUGUUUUUUGCUAAUUUAAUUCUAACUGUUUUUUAGUAUCCUGAAUAUUUUUAGCAAAAAUUUUGAAAAGUAGAAUUUUUUCAUACAGAAAAAUAUUUGCUGUUUCAAAAAAUUCUUAUUUUUUUUCACUAGUUUCAAUAGUUUUUGAUCAACUAAAUUCAGGUAGUGAAAAAUUCCAGAAUUAAUUUUAUCUUGGAAAAAUUUACCGAAAAAAAAUUACUGUUUCAACAAAAUUGUAAAUUUCUAGAUUCGAGCGGAGCGAGUGUAAACCGCAAGCUUCCGCGUAAGCGGCACUAUCUUCCGCUUCAGCGGCUAGUUUCUCUGCGUCUCUAGCUUUCUAGCUUCUUGACUUCUCUGCGUCUCUAGCUGUCUAGCUCUCUGGCGUCUCUACAUCUUUAGUUUCCUGACUUCUGUGCGUCUCUAGCUGCCUGACUUCUCUGUGUCUCUCAAUUCUACAUGCUCUCUAAUCGAGCGCUCUGCGCGAGUGUAAACCGCAAGCGGCAAUAUCUUCCGCUUCAGCGGACAUUUUCUCUGCGUCUCUAGCUCUCUGGCUAUCUGACUUCUCCUAACCUUUUUCAGCCAAAAAAAAUUGAUCCUUUCCAGACAAUGCACCGAAGAAUAUCAAGACUACAUGCUGUCAGAAUUCCGCAAAUUUUGUGCCAACGAAAAUAAUUAUAUGGAAACACUCUACGAGGAAUUCAACAAUAUGCGCAGAAAUGGACCUAAAAAUUAG